UCAGAAUAAAAGUGCGCAAGCUACUUAAUGCUGUUUGUGAGUCCAUGCCUGGGCUCUGGUGACCUCACUGGCGUUACCUCUUGUUGUGCCCCCUUGGAACUUGAGAUCAAUGGUUUUUCGUUCUGGGGUGCGGGGGGACAGUGUCAAAUUUCUCUUUAGGGAUCUAAAAAAGCUGUAAACCUUGGAAAGUAAAAACUUGUGAGGUUUUCAAAUCCUCUUCCUCCCAAUUGUGGCCUUCAGGUUAGAACUCCUUUCCUAUUCCUUGACCAUUGUGAAGUCCUGGCAGCUCCCAGACUAUCCAUGCCUGCCAUCCCCUCUAGGUCUUUGCCUUGCCCACUCACUGCCGGAGACCCUUCCUCAUCGCCUGCACUUUAACUUCUGCUCAUCCUUCUAGUCUGUUUUGAGGUCUCCUCCUCCAAGAAAUAAGCAUUUCCUGACCCCGCCCUUCCCCAGGCCUGGAGGACUCCCACUCAUUCCAUAGGGUAAAUCAGGACCACAGCUGCCUUCUCCAUAUCUAAAGAUCUCCAUGUCCUAGGACCAUAAAGUGGGAAGUUCUGCCCCUUAUCUCACCACCCAUCUCACGCAAGCCAGGGACUGGUGUGAUGACAGAAGUAGGAGUUGAGGCCUAGUAAAUACUCCCUGAGGUGGUGAAGAAAUAAAUGAAGGGGACAGACUGGCGUCGAAACCAGAGCACAGAUCCUCAGAGUACGGCAGCCCCAGGCCCUAGGAAGGCACUCAUUUAACCACCCACCAUCCACUCCAAAAUUAGGCAUGCUGGGCGCUGAAGUCACAGCACUGAGCAAGAUGAAUAGUAGUCCAGAUCCCUCCUGCUGUUGCAAUUUUGUGGCAGUUCAGAUAGGAGAGGCUGAGGGGCCCCUCUGACCCCAGCGUCCCUUUCCUACCUGGCUGCUGAGAGAUGAGGGAAGCACGCAUGCGCGUAGACGGCCCACCUUCGCGCCGGAACCUUGAUGCCCGGGCGCAGCGGGGCACUCGGCGCAGGGAGCCUGCUCAGCCGGAAGUGACUGCUGAGGGCGUGGGGCUUGGAUCGGCGUGUGGAACCUGCCGCGGCGGUUGACAAGUUGUACAAAAUCAGGAUGGAGGCCGUGGCGACUGCGGCGGCGGCGGGGGAACCCGAUAAGGGCUGCACGGAGCCCAGUCCCAGCCACUGGGGGGAGCUAAGCUGGACACCGGUCCCACCCGAGCCCCAGGACAAGGAGGCCGCCUCGGAGGGAGCACCAGGGGGUCUGGACAACGACCCCCACAGGGCCGAGAGCGCAGCAGUGAGCGCCAUGCUGCAGGCCGUGGCCUCCAGCCGCCUGCCCGUGUGCAGCCAGCAGCGGGGCGAGCCUGACCUCACCGAGCGGGAGAAGGUGGCCAUCCUGCGCCAGCUGUACCACGAGAAGCCACUGGUGUUCCUGGAGCGCUUCCGCACAGGCCUCCGCGAGGAGCACCUGGCCUGCUUUGGCCACUUGCGUGGCGACCACCGCGCAGACUUCUACUGUGCUGAGGUGGCCCGGCAGGGCGCCGCCCGGCCCCGUGCCCUGCGUACCCGCCUGCGCAACCGGCGCUACGCUGCCCUGCAGAAGCUCAUCCAAGGUGGCAAGUACUUCAGCGAUGAGCAGAUGCGGUUCCGGGCUCCGCUGCUGUACGAGCAGUACAUCGGGCAGUACCUAACCCAGGAGGAGCUCAGCGCCCGCGCCCUGGCCCCCCAGUCCCCCAAGCCCUGCUCCCCUGGCACCCCUGUCUGCCUGCUCUCCGACCUGCUGCUCCAGUCCUACCAGGAGCGGGAGCUGCAGCAGCGGCUGCUCCAGCAGCAGGAGGAGGAGGAGGCCUGCCUGGAGGAGGAGGAAGAGGAGGAGGACAGCGACGAGGAAGACAGGAGCUCUGGUAAAGACUCCGAGGCCUGGAUCCCCGACUCAGAGGAGAGGCUGAUCCUACGGGAGGAGUUCACCAGCCGGAUGCACCAGCGCUUCCUGGAUGGCAAAGAUGGGGACUUUGACUACAGCACAGUGGACGACAACCCCGACUUGGACAACCUGGAUAUUGUGGCACGGGAUGAGGAGGAGAGGUACUUCGAUGAGCAGGAGCCUGAGGAUGCGCCCAGCCCAGCCCAGAGCUAG